AUGGUAGCGCCGGUGUGCCGGUGUGCCGGCUACCACCCUCUAGUUCUCGACCAUUUUCUUGUAAGCGGCUGUAGGAUGAAUAGCGUGCGAGAUUCUAUCCACGAAGAGUUGGACGUGUUCCUCGACAUGAAAGCUCCCUAUUACCACCGAGUCAUUCGCACACGGUCGCCGAUAUUUGUUGUCAAUGCUUCCUUUUGUUUGACUUUCAACGGCGCAAAUGACGGAUAUGAAAGAGUCAGGUCACUGCAGCUCUAUGAGACGGCGCUUCAAGCCAUUCAGUCUGCAAAACGGGUCCCUUUCGUCAAUGCUGCAUUAUCGAGACUCAAAUGUUACAGAAUGCUCACGCUUAUUUCAGCCAGUUCCUAUCCCGUUCCGCUUUCGCUCCAUGUCCGCCUUGGGCAGCGUCGAUUGGCCGCUUGUGGCCACGAUGGACUAGGAGUGCGGGCUAUUGGUGCCUUCUUCCCAGGUAGCUCCAACGCCUCAAAAUCUGCAGUCACGACGGGAGGCCGAAGCUGGUCGGACCGUGAGGCGGAGGUCCGUCGACCAAAAACGCCCACGUCUUCCGUUCGCAUUGGCACCGAUAUCCGGAGAAUAUCGCCGGUGUGUGCGGCCGAGAUCAAGAUUGAGGGUGACUGCAGUCCAAGGCAGCGAGCUGCUGCCGUUGCUACUUCCUCUCUGCCUUGUGAGUCUGACAAAGGAAGGACCGCAUCUGCAGUGACCGAGAAGGUGCCUGCCUGCCUGCUUACCUAUCUUGCCGCUGCUUCUGUCCCUCCUUCAUCAUACCUCAGCCAGGUACCGGCCCAAUGGAAUGUUCUGUGGUGUUCUUCUCGAUUCUCCCCAUCGGCAGGUGAUUGGGAAAAGGCAGCUCGGUACCUAGAAGAAGGGAGGGCAAGAAAGUAUCUGAGGCAGGUAGGCUGCCAUCUAUCGCCACCUCAUUUCAGUAACAGCGUAUUGAGAACCGCAAGACAAAGUGAACGAAAGGUCAAUGAUUUGCUUGUCUCUUGGGUGGAGAUUAGGCAUCGUGUAUUUUCCUUCAUAUCAUUGCCUGGGUGUAAACGCGUCUUGCUCCUCUAUUUGGUAUCUUCCGACUUCGUUUCUCUUCGCCACAACACGCCUGCCCAAAUAAACCACCUCGCCUCCUUCCCGUCCCCUUCCCGUCUCCUUCCUCAUUUCCCUCCUCAGCUUGAGGUGCCUCCUUCUCUUGCCGGUCACCAAGUACUCAAACCAAAGUACUUUAUUAUGCAAGCUGGUCGGUUCUUUCUCUCUUCCAUUUCAUGUAUUGCCUCUCCUCAUUGGCCUCUGUCGCUUCUCAUCUUCAUCGAGGACGUCGAUCCUGCUCAUCUGCCAUAUACUUCAGGUUCAGCUUUGUUCGAGAUCCAGAGCCGCCCUGAGGAGAGACUUGACGGCGCCAAUCCGUAUCACCAGCUACCGCAGAGCCACGGUCCAAUAAACUUGAGCAAAUCGCCAGUCAUUCAGUGGCGGCAUUCUGGUAGCCUGAGCUCGCAAAAGGCCACAGCGAUGACCAGCUUCCUUGAGCGGCGUAUCACCUGUCGUUGA